AUGGCCAUCCGGGACAUCGUCGCCAAUCCCUCGCUGCUGCCCGUGCUCGGGCUCAGUGCCGAGACCCGCGAUCAAUGCAUGAAGCUGCUAGCCACCUUGGAUCCCACCGCCGACCUGUCGACCGACCCCCACGAUCGCGCCCUGGCGGCCUCGAGGGAGCAAAAACAGUUGUUUGCUUUGCUGGCUCGACUGCGGGGUCAGAACCGCGAUGCGAUUGUGCGCGUCCGCGAGACCAAACAAUCCACUGCGGAGGCCCGCCAGGAGAUCGACCGUCUCCAUUUGCAACUCCAGAACCUGUACUAUGAGCAACGGCAUCUUACCGGCGAGAUUGCCGCCUGCGAAUCCUACGAUCACAAAUAUCGCGCCCUCCCCUUGAUUCCACUCGAGGAAUUCCUAGCUCUACACCCGGAGCAUCAGGAGUCCGAUGAACACGAAUUGAUGAUCGCGCGGAUCAACCACGAGCAUGCGGAGCGGGAGAAGUUGGAGCAGGCACGACAGGAGCUUCUGAAGCGCAAGCAGGCAUUGAUUGCGGAGAACAACAAACGAAAGGAGGAUCUGGCUAGCUUGGACAAGGACCUGGAACGGUUUAUCGACCAAUGGUACUGUAUCGUGAGUAGGGAGAUGUUUCUGGUCGUCCGUAGUCCAUGGGGAACGGCCAACUGGCGGGGGCUCUUCUGCUCUCCGCCUUGGCUGCCGCAUCUCCAUCUCCAUCCCUCACUUCUCCAACUUCACCUCCACUUUACAAACCCCAUUUCCCUUAAGCAUGCCCUGGUCAUGACUGCCAAGAAUGAUGACCAGACGUCCCUCCAGACUGUCUCCCCCGACCACGCCAUGACCGCCACCCCGCGUCUGCCGCCCCCGGAGGCCCCCGAGGCCAUUCGGACCCGGUUCAAGGUCAUUGCGGCCUUUUGGGCUGUGAUCGUCUUCCUGGGCUUUCCCAUCUGGUGGAAGACCACCUCUAUCUACCGGGCCCGGCUGCCCAUCCCGGACAUGAUUGAUUGGGCCGAUGGCAAGACCUGUCGGCCAGUCUUCCCCCUCGAGAUCCGCGUCGAGACCCCCUCCCUGCCCGAGAUCGAGGCUCAACAUCUCCUCCGUUCCACCCAGCACACCCUCGAUGAUCUCAAUGAGUUCUCCGCGCACCACCUGCGUCUGAAGCUUUCCAACGAGAACCCCGACCAGUCCCCCGCCGACGACGCUGCCGACACCGCAUUGACCGUCCGUCUGGUGCCCCAGGUCGACCUGACCACGCCCCAAGCAGCCCUCCACCCCGACACCACCCAGCUCGAUGUCUUCUAUCCUCCAAGCCAGAUACCGCCCCCGUCAGCGUCCAAUUCGCCGCUAUCUACCUUCAUUGCAGCCGAGUUGCAGCUGCUCUUCGCCGAAGAGAAAGCCAUCAUUGCUCAGGUUCUCUCCGAGAACAACAUCCCCAGCGCACCCAUUUCCCCGGAUCUCGCAGAAAGCGUCACCCGCCGCCUCCGUCGCUCCAUGAAAUACGCCGACACCUAUCACCUCGCGUUCAGCCUCUUCACUCCUGGCACCGCCCCCUCCUCCUGGGACAUACAAGGCGCGGUCCAUGACUACAUCACUCCGGUCCUCCGGGCUUUUUCUCCUAUCAGCAACUUCACCGUCGACACUCAAGUCCAGCUCUAUGCGGGCUUCUCCCCGACUGCACCAGCUCCCGAAUAUGACGGGACCCACAGCGCCUGGACGCUCAAGAAAGACGAUCUCAGCGCCUUCAUCAACGCCGCCGAAUGGCCCCUCAGCCCGAGCAUUGGCUCCGGCCCAACCAUCAACUUCAUCCUCUACGUCCCGGCCCCAUCGCAGUCCCCGCUCGUCGUCAAAGACAGCCUGGCCACCAGCUGGAUUAUCCCACAAUGGGGUGGCGUGUUUCUCCUCAACCCCACCCCGACUGACGCCUCCGAACCCCUCCACCAUCUCACCAAGGACACCCUCGGUCCCGCCUUCAUGACCUUCUCUCACCAACUCCUCACCCUCCUCGGCGCGCCGUCCACCCCAUCCCCGCUCCCCCUCCGCCUGCAAACCCUCACCCGCAUCCGAGCCGCGACCCUCCUCCUCUCCGCCUCCUCAACCAUGGGCUCCCUCGCCCGCCUGACCGAAUCCCUCCCGUCCAUCCCCAUCCCAGCAACCGUGGCCACCUCCGUCUCCACCACCCUCUCCCACCUCACCUCCGCAUGCACCCAUCUCCGCCACGGCCAAUUCCAGGCCGCCCUGGCAAGUGCUCGCGUGGCGGAAGUCGAGGCCGAGCGCAGCUUCUUCGAGAAGAGCAUGGUCGGCCAGAUGUAUUUCCCGGAUGAGCACAAAGUGGCGGUGUACUUGCCGCUGCUAGGACCCGUCGGUGUCCCACUCAUCGUGGGAUUAGUGAAGGAGGUGAAGAAGUGGGUGGCGAGUCGGCGCGAGAGACGAUGGAAGUGA